AAACUACAUGAGGCGCUUAUGUCUUAUGUCAAAUUUGAAGGUUAAAUUAGUCAAAUAAACAUAUUUUUAAUAUUCGAGAAGAGUGAUAACGCAAAAAUUGAGGUAUGGCGUUGAGUUCCUCCUCAAAAUUAUUGCGUGCUGUCGAGCCGUUGAAAGUCCUGACAGCUGCCUACCACCCCAAAGUGAUCGAUCAUUACGAAAAUCCUCGAAAUGUUGGUUCUCUUGACAAGAAUGACGAAUCUGUUGGUACAGGUCUUGUGGGGGCCCCGGCAUGCGGAGACGUUAUGAAGUUGCAGAUCAAAGUGGAUGAGAAUGGAAAAAUCAUCGAUGCUAAAUUUAAGACAUUCGGUUGUGGAUCAGCUAUUGCCAGCAGUUCCCUUGCUACAGAAUGGGUAAAGGGUAAGACAGUAGACCAAGCCCUUGAACUGAAGAACACUGAUAUUGCAAAAGAAUUGUCAUUGCCUCCCGUCAAGUUGCAUUGUUCCAUGUUGGCGGAAGACGCAAUAAAAGCGGCUUUAUCAGAUUACAGGAUUAAACAAAAGAAAAAGGAAGAGAAGUAAAUGUUCAACGGGAUCGAAAGGUUGUGAUAUUCAAAUUGUAGUCGGAUUAAAAUUAAAAAGCUUUAAUGUGUAAAUUUGCUAAAAUUAAUUAAAGUUAUAAAUAAUCUC